UGCCUGCCUUGUGGACACCAUGUCAACCUGUCCUCCAGCGUGGCUCCUCGCCCUGUGCCCAAUGCUGCUGGCUUCCCUCGGGUCAGCCUACCAACCCCCCAACAUCAUCCUGAUUUUUGCUGAUGACCUGGGCUAUGGAGAUCUGGCCAGCUAUGGGCAUCCUUCAUCUGCCACCCCCAACCUGGACAAGAUGGCUGCCGAGGGCCUGCGCUUCACCGACUUCUAUAGCAGCAGCCCUGUCUGCAGCCCCUCUAGGGCAGCCCUGUUGACGGGACGCUAUCAGACCCGUUCUGGCGUCUACCCUGGUGUCUUUUAUCCUGGCUCAAAGGGAGGCCUCCCGUUGGCAGAGGUGACGGUGGCAGAAUUGCUGAAGAAGCAGGGCUAUGCCACUGCCAUGGUUGGCAAGUGGCAUCUGGGCCUGGGCCCCAAGGGGAUUUUCCUGCCCACAAACCAAGGCUUUGACCACUUCUUGGGUGUGCCCUACUCACACGACCAGGGCCCCUGCCAGAACCUAACUUGCUUCCUACCACGCACUCCAUGCUUUGGGAUCUGUGACCAGGGGGUGGUUCCCGUCCCCCUGUUCUUCAACCAGAACAUUGUGGAGCAGCCGAUAAACUUUCCCUUCCUGGAGGCCCGGUACAACUCAUUCGCACGGAAUUUCAUCAUGGCUAGUGCUCAGCGCAAGCAGCCAUUCCUGCUGUAUUACGCCUCCCACCAUACCCACUAUCCCCAGUUUGGGAGCCAAAACUACACCAAGAAGUCCUCUAGGGGGCCUUAUGGGGAUGCUCUCCUUGAGUUUGAUGGAACGGUUGGCCUCCUCUUGCAAGCUCUGUGGGAUGCCGGGGUCCACAAAAAUACGCUGGUGUUUUUCACAUCUGACAAUGGCCCUGAGACAAUGCGCGGCUCCCGGGGAGGCAGCUCCGGCUUGCUCAAGUGUGGGAAGGGAACGACCUACGAAGGGGGCAUGAGGGAGCCCGCCGUGGCUUAUUGGCCUGGCCGCAUUGCGCCAGGUGUGACCCAUGAGCUGGCCAGUACUCUGGACAUCCUGCCCACUGUCGCUGCUCUGGUGGGAGUGCCCCUCCCCAACGUCACCCUAGAUGGAUAUGACCUCAGCCCUGUCCUCUUUGGGACCGGAAAGAGCCCCCGCCGGACCAUGUUCUUUUACCCUCCAGCUCCCAAUGAAUUGUAUGGGGUUUUUGCUGUCCGUUAUGGCAGGUACAAGGCUCACUUCUUCACCAAAGGAGCCUUCAGCAGUGGUGCGACCCCUGACAGGGCCUGCGGAGGGUUCACCCCUCUUAUUCCCCAGGAGCCUCCCUUGCUGUUUGACCUUGAGUCCGAUCCUGCUGAGAACUACAACCUUCUGCCUGGAGGUGCCCAGACGCCUGGAAUUCUGAACAUCCUAAAGGAGGCACGACUGCUGAAGGCAUCCUUUGACAGUGACAUGAAGUUUGGGGAAAGCCAACUAGCCAUGGGCAAUGACCCCUUGCUUCAACCUUGCUGUGUUCCGCAGUGCGUUCCCAAGCCCUCCUGUUGCCGCUGUGCCUCUUAGCCUCCCUCUUCCCCUGCACAAGCCUGUCUGUAAUCCAUGCCUUUCUCUUCUGCAUGUGGACAGAAGAGCUGAUUCAGUUUAACACACUCCCAAGGAGUUUUUGCAAUGUUUUUUUGAUCAGGAAAAAUCACAUCUUGC